AUGACCAGCAAGAAACAAAAAAAGGCGCACAGCUUAUCCGGGGGUGAUGAAGCGCCGCGGAACGAAUCCGCCCCGGAGAGAUCGGGUCUGCAUAGUGCGCCGCCAGCAACGCAGCGGCCGGGGUUUGAUCUAUCGAGUGAUGCUGGAGGCAGAGCAUCCAACUCAGCGCCGGCUCUUGGAGGUGGUAGUCCUUUCCCGACGUCGAAAGUGGCCAUACCCCGCCAGCCGCCGGGGCCCACACAACGCUACAGUCGUCGCGUGCCCCGGGCAUGUGAGUCCUGCAGGCAACGCAAGACGAAGUGCAGUGGUGACACCCCCGUUUGCCGCCAAUGCCGCGAACUUCGGGUCGCCUGUCAGUAUCCCAUGGGGUGGAGAGAAAAGAUGAAGCAGGACGUCGACAGGCUUGCGGGAGAAGUACAAGAGUACGAAAAGUUUCUGCAUGAUCUUCGAAGUGCAGCAGAGUCGACAACCGCGCACUGGGUAAACGUACUGUUAGAAAAGUAUGAUCUGAAAGGAGAUGUCAAUGACAAUUCCUCGCUUCCUCCGACCUCUCAAAAUGGGUUGGACGGGAAUCAAGCCUCUCCGCUGUCCUCAAUUGGUUCAUUGGACGCGAUUGACCGAGUGGAUGAAGACCAUAACCGGACGGAAAACUCACGGGCCACAGGCUACAUGGGUAAAAGUUCGGAGAUCACCUGGAUCCAGCGCUUGCAACGGGAAGCUGAACAACGGUCCCAUGGCAAGUGCGGGUCUCUGGAGCCACGCCCGGAUGAAGACCAGGAGACGAAGGAGAAAUUCUCACUUCAUGUCUUGAACUAUCAUCUGGACGACCUCAGCAUCUCCGUGCCCGAGCCGGUGCAGGAAUACAGCAUGCCACCCCGAGAUCAAGCAGACCACCUUCUUGCCACAUACCUUGAAACGGUGCAUCCAUUCUUCCCCAUUGUCAGCAAACCAUUAUUCAACGCGCAAUUCCGGUCUUUUUUCGAAAGUUCAACACAGUUUCGCGGCAUCAGACCCGGCGACAAGUGGCUGGCGAUCCUGAACAUGAUCUUUGCCAUAGCCGCCAAGCAUGCAGACCUCACAAAUGCACAAUGGCAUGGAUCGGGGACGGAUCACCUCAUUUAUCUGGCCCGAGCUCGACGUUUGAGCAUGAGCAGCCAAGAUUUAUUCAGCCAUCCCGAUCUUCAGCAGGUUCAAGUGGAAGGCCUGAUUGCGUUUUAUCUACUCUCCACCAAUCAAAUCAACAGGGCCUGGAGAAUCUCAGCUUUGGCCGUACGCUCCGCGAUCACGCUAGGGUUGAAUUUAAGAAACAAUAACUCGAUCACCCCAAACGUCUCCAAAGAAUCGAGGUAUAAAGUCUGGUGGUGUAUCUAUUCCUUGGAACAUAUGCUAGGGAUCAUGACGGGCCGACCAUCAUCUACAUUGGACGGAGGGUCCGCUACCCCCCUCCCACUACCUUUUGACGAAGACCAACUGAAGACCGACCCGACGGCCAUGGAAAUGCUUAACAACCCACAGUUGCGCGAGUCGAGGAUUCGCAAUGUCAUGGCAAGCUCGUGGGAUCGUGCUCAAGGGGCUACUCGGGACAAUACGCUUCCAUCCGAUCAAUAUUGGGUUAAAGGUCUUCCGGCAACGUUUGGAGUCUGCUACCUCUACUAUUGUGACUUGACUGUGAUCACACAGGAAGUUCUACACAAGGUCUACUCUACACAUUGCGUUCUGCUGCCGUGGGCGGAGAUCGAGAGUCGAAUCGAUGAACUGCGAUCCCGGUUCGACCUGUGGCGAUCCAAUCUGCCGUCCUCACUGGAAUUCACAGAACGGGCGGACUAUGAUAGCCCUGAUCUUCUUCGCUGCAAACUAUUACUGGGAUUUCAUUACUACAGCUCUCGGAUCACUCUUGGCCGACCCUGUCUCUGUCGACGUGAUGCUCGUCAAAACGGAUCCUCGCCAACGUUCAGUCACACGAUGGCCCUGAUAACCUUGGAUUCUGCCACCUGCAUGAUCAAUUUGAUCUCCGAUGAGCCCAAUGUUCUCCAACUCUACGAAAUGUGUCCCUGGUGGUGUAUUCUGCGACAACUGAUGCAAGCGGCCGUGGUCAUUCUCCUCGAGCUCUCGUUCGGCAGCGUCCACAUUCCCGAGGAUGAACCAAAAUUUGUGCGACUGGUUAAAAAGUGCAUUCGUUGGUUUUUUGCUAUGCCUGAACCUAGUGCCCAACGUGCCUGGCGGCUCUGUGACUCUAUCUUCCGAAAGCUGGCGCAAGGAAUGAAGUACAACACCAAUGAUAUCCCUCACCAUUCUUCCCCGCGAUAUCACCCUUCUAGCCUUUCCGCUCCCCCCAUGGCUUCUCACCCGUCCCCGGAAAUCCUCCAGGACUAUUUCAACCUGCAACCGGAAGACAUGACCCUGUUUGGCUCACAUCCAGCAGCCGAGGCCCCUCUCUGGACGAGCUUCCUGAGUCACCCAACCACGGGGCUGACCUCCUCCGUGCAAGACCCAGUGGCCCCGGCUGAUCCCUACCUUCCUUAUGAUCCGUUGGGCGAUGACUUUAUUCGGGCCUUUUUUGCGGCUCCCGGUGAUGGUAGCAGGGAUAAUCCCUGA